AUGUACCAGUACAACGGAAAGCACGUCUUCUUCAACAUCAGAGGCGACUUAGAUGUUUCUGAAGACAAAUUACGUCAUUUCCUUGGUUUUGUUGACUCUUCAACACCACUUGAGCUCGCUCCACAAGAAUUACUCGACAAACAUGGGUUAGUACCAGGAUUUGUGUGCAUCGUUGGCAUGAAACGCGCUGGAGAAGCAAUUGCUAUUUGCGAUGAGAGCUACAGAACAGUCCACUGCGGUGUAACAGGUGCCAAUAAGGUCGGUUAUCACUAUACCAACUACAAUAUUCCAAGAGAUACACAGAAAUUGGCAAAGAAUAUCGUAUACACUGAUAUUGCACUUAACCCAACAGUAGUUAAGGGUGUAAUGAUCGCUAAAGUCGCUCGUUGCACAGCAUUCCCAGCAGAAGUCCUCGGAAACGGCUCAAAACCAGUCAAGACCACCAUUAUUCAAAUUAACCAUCCGCUUGAUCGAUUUAGCUUACGUUAUGAUACAGAACCAUCUUCUUGA